AUGCUCGUGGCCGCGUCCGUCGUCUUCCUCUACUACACAAUCUGGACCCUCCUCAUGCCCUUUGUCGACGACGACCACCCCCUCCAGAAUCUCUUCCUCCCCCGCGUCUGGGCCAUCCGCAUCCCCGUCAUCCUCCUGCUCCUCGGCUCCGCCGUCGUCGGCUCCUUCGUCGGCAUGGUCAUGAUCCGGAGCAACCAGAAGAAGGCAGCCAAGGCAAAG